AUUAACCCUGAGCGCGCGCACAGGUCUGUCACGCAUGAUGCCGCACAAGUCCAAGAAAGACAAGUCUGUGAGAUGCAGCAGGAGGGGAAGCAAACAGCAAGAAGAUGAUCAGGACUCUGAAAAUGAGACGUGGCUCCGGCCGAGCAGGAGAAGCUCUUCAUCCAGAAGCUGCGUCAGUGCUGCGUUCUGUUCGACUUUCUGUCCGAUCCGCUCAGCGAUCUGAAAUGGAAGGAGGUGAAGCGGGCGGCGCUGAGCGAGAUGGUGGAGUACAUCAACCACAAUCGCAAUGUCAUCACGGAGCCCAUUUACCCGGAGGUGGUGCACAUGUUUGCGGUGAACAUGUUCAGGGCUCUGCCUCCUUCAUCAAACCCGACGGGAGCAGAGUUCGACCCGGAGGAGGAUGAACCCACUCUGGAAGCAGCGUGGCCUCAUCUGCAGCUGGUGUACGAGUUUUUCCUGCGGUUUCUAGAGUCGCCCGACUUUCAGCCGAAUAUUGCAAAGAAAUACAUUGACCAGAAAUUUGUGAUGCAGCUUCUGGAGUUGUUUGACAGUGAAGAUCCACGAGAGAGAGACUUCCUGAAAACCACCCUGCACCGAAUAUACGGAAAGUUUCUUGGGCUGCGGGCUUAUAUUAGAAAGCAAAUUAAUAACAUAUUUUACAGGUUUAUUUAUGAGACGGAGCAUCACAACGGAAUCGCUGAAUUACUGGAGAUCCUGGGAAGCAUCAUCAACGGCUUUGCUUUGCCAUUAAAAGAGGAGCACAAGAUCUUCCUGCUGAAGGUUUUACUGCCGCUGCACAAGGUGAAGUCUCUGAGCGUCUAUCACCCGCAGCUGGCGUAUUGUGUGGUUCAGUUCCUGGAGAAGGACAGCACGCUCACUGAACCGGUGGUCACGGCUCUUCUCAAGUACUGGCCCAAGACUCACAGUCCGAAGGAGGUGAUGUUCCUCAACGAGCUGGAGGAGAUCCUGGACGUGAUCGAGCCGUCCGAGUUCGUGAAGGUCAUGGAGCCGCUCUUCCGUCAGCUGGCCAAGUGUGUGUCCAGCCCUCACUUCCAGGUGGCGGAGAGAGCGCUUUAUUACUGGAAUAACGAGUACAUCAUGAGUCUCAUCAGCGACAACGCAGCCAAGAUCUUACCCAUCAUGUUCCCGGCACUUUACCGCAACUCCAAGAGCCACUGGAACAAGACCAUUCACGGCUUGAUCUAUAACGCACUGAAGCUCUUCAUGGAGAUGAACCAGAAGCUGUUUGACGACUGCACACAACAGUUCAGAGCCGAGAAGAACAAAGAGAAGGCCAAGCUGAAGGAGAGAGAGGAGGCCUGGAUGAAGAUCGAGAGUCUGGCCAAGUCAAACCCGCAGUAUGUUUUGUAUGUUGAUCCGUCUGGACUAAACAGUCCUGUAGAAAUGGAGACUGAUGGUCCCAAUAUAGAAGAUGUUCAGAUGUUAAAAAAGACAGUGCAGGCCAGAGCCAUUCAGGUAAUUCAGAGAACUGAACAGAGCUUCAUCAUCAUCAUCAUCAUCAUCAUCAUCAGAGAUGCCCAUAUGUUAAAGGACGAUCCGCGUCACGUGUUCAGAUCCUGAAUGAGAGCGUUUGUUGUUAUGAGUUAGAAAUCCACCUUUCCAUACGGGCACUAGAAGCUGGAGAAUCUGCUUCACCUCUCCGCUGUCUGCUUAUACUCAGUGAAUCGUCAUCAUGUGUGACCCUGGACCGCAAAACCAGUCUUAAGUGUUAACUUUUCAAAAUUGAGAUUUAUACAUCAUCUGAAGCUGAAUAAAUAGUCUUUCCAUUGAUGUAUGGUUUGUUGGACAAUAUUUGGCUGAGAUACAACUAUUUGAAAAUCUGGAAUCUGAGGGUGCAAAAAAAUCUAAAUAUUGAGAAAAUCACCUUUAAAGUUGUUCAAAUGAAGUUCUUAGCAAUGCAUAUUACUAAUCAAAAAUGAAGUUUUGAUAUAUUUACGGUAGGAAAUUUACUAAAUAUCUUCAUGGAACAUGAUCUUAAUAUCCUAAUGAUUUUUGGCAUAAAAGAAAAAUUUUGACCCAUAUAAUGUAUUGUUGGCUAUUGCUACAAAUAUAGCUGUGCUGCUUAUGACUGCUUCUGUGCUGCAGGGACACACAUGUGUAAAUCAGACGAGUCAAACCAACCACAUUUCAGAAGCUUCCUCAGCUAAAAUUGAUCAUUUACAAUGCCAUGGAUGCCAUGAAGUCAAAACAACAAUUAUAGCUUGAGAUUUGGAGGUAAAUGACUUGAGAAAGAUGAUUUCAUAUGAGUUAGACCGUUCAGAAACAGGUCAAAUCUGCACAUUGAGCCACAGUGAAAUCUCCAUAUCUCUGGGACUGAACCACGUAGGCUCUUAAAAAUGAUGAUUACAAAAGAAAAGUUUAAGAACAAGAAUCUAAUAGGAUUUUAAGACAUCUUUAAUAUUUCUUGAGUUACACACAUAACUUGCAAUAAGUGUUUUUCCUCAUUUUUGAACGGUCAGCAUUGGCAUUUAAUGUAACACAGAUUUGCUCAAGUCGACAGAUUUAACUAAUAGAGCUUUUAAUCUCUGGGUGAAAAUAACAUCAUGAUGCUGCCGUCUUUCUGAGACAUUUUCUCCUCCAAAUCUCAGGUGGCAAACGUCACUUUGACCCUGUCUACAAAACUGUGGAUUACUCAUACAUGGCAUUUAAUAUUUUGCCUUUCUUCUUCAUUUAUGUAUUUCAUCCACCAGAAAAAAAUAUCAAAAUCCAAUCGUUUAGCCGCGCACGUCUGGUUGAGUUGACACAGAAUGAGACGGUUAUGUUAUAAUUACAGCAGUGUUGGGAAGUAACUAGUUACAUGUAACGGAAUUACGUAAUUUAAUUACAAAAUAAAUGUAAUUGUAAUCAGUUACAGAGAAAAAUUGUGUAAUUAAAUUACAGUUACUUAUGAAAAUGUUAACAAUUACAAAGAGUUACAUCUGAAUUUUAUUUGUAAAAUAAAUUUAUUUCGAUUUAUUUGAUUUCUUUCAUAAAUUGCAGUGACUGCUGUAAAAUAUGAGACAGCAAUGUUUCAGGAGUUUAGGACACACGUUUAUUCAAUAACUGGUUUAUGUAUAUGCUUUAUUUUUUAAGAUUAACAGUUUUUUUCCAAGCCGUUGUUAGAUGCCGGUGUUUCCUCUCUAAAAAAAACAAUAUCAUAGCUAUACAUACUAGGCUUCAUCUUGUUAUGAUUUUAAAUCUGUAUUUAACCUCAGAACGAUCUCAAAGUAAGUCUGACUUUGUGCUGGCUGUGCUUUCAAAUGAAAUGAUUAUGAUCUUAAUUGGAGUGAUGAAGGAUUGUGAAAGUCUGACAGUAAUCAGUGUUGAGUUCUACUGUAAGAGUGACGCUGCCUGCUCUACAUGUUUCACAAUGAUUUACAGCCGAAAUUUAGAGAAGUAAUCAAAUAAUACAUUACUUUAAUAAAGUAAUUGAAAUAGUUACACUACUUAUUACAUUUUAAAUAGGGCAACUUUCCAAAGUAACCUUCCCAACACUGAAUAACAGAGAGGAUUCUGGGAGAGUGAUGACCGUCAGUGUGACUCACGCGUGUGUGUAUCUCUCUCUCUCUCUCUCUCUCUGUGUGUGUGUGUGUGUGUGUGUCUCUCUCUCUCUCUCUCUGUGUGUGUGUGUGUGUGUGUGUGUCUCUCU